AAAGGUCUGCCACGUGAAAUCAGUUGCAGAUACUCUGGGCUGCUAGUCAUAUGCAAAGAGAAAGAGAGUGGAGGAGGAAAGGAGAUGGGGAGCUGCUGCAUUAGUCUUCUAACAUCUGGUGCUGAAUACUUGUGGUAUGUCUGAAGGACGGAUCUCUUGUGCCUUCUGAAUGCACCAGGUUGUCCUCAUGAAUACUCCAGUGGAGAAUGUCCAUGAUCUUCUUUGCCUGUGUGGUGCGGGUGAAGGAUGGACUUCCCCUCUCAGCCUCCACAGAUUUUCAUUUCAGCCAGGACUUUCUGGAAUGCAGAAAGAGACUAAAGGCAUUAUCCUCAAUUCUGGCGCAGUAUCCAAGUCGAGGCACAGCGAGAGGACGUGACCUUAGCAUACAUUUCCUUUCUUCUGGGGAUAUCGCCUGCAUGGCAAUCUGUUCCAGCAGUUACUCAACUAUCAUGGCGUUUUGCUUCCUGGAAGAGCUUCAGUGGGAAUUUGCUGCUUCCUACGAUACAACCAGCAUCAGUUUAGCUUCCAGACCAUAUGCUUUUCUUGAAUUUGAUAACAUUAUUCAGAAAGUGAAAUGCCAUUUUAACUGUGCAAGUGGCCCUCCAAUGAAGACCAACUGGGAGAAGGUGGAGGAGGAGCUGAAGUUCCGGCCUCCGGUUCAGCUGCAACUGGAGGAUACAGAGCUGAUGAAUGGGAUGACCAACGGUGGGCACGCAGAUGUUCAUGUGGAGGUUG